GGAUUGCUGACCCGGACCUUGAACGUGGGGGAUUGCUUCAGUCUCGCGAUGGCAAAGAACAUCUCCAUGUGAACGUGAUAUUUAUACACUGGGAAAGCAAAAGGUAGACUGACAAUUUGGGGAAUUUGAAAUCAUGUCUGCCAUGACAGGUACAAGAUCACCUACAUCCCCAUGGCCUCCGGAGUGCCAGAACCACCUACAGCUUGAAAGCUCUUCGACUCCGUCAGCUCUUUUCUCGUUGCGCGAUCCUCAUUCGUCUCCUCUGGGGCAAGGUAUCGGCUCACACAAUGCGGUUCCAGAACGAUCGGGUCCCAAUUAUUUCUCUAUCAGCGUGGAAACUCCCGGCAAUGCUAGGAGAACUCGGGAAGCAUUGCCAUACGCUCAACCCCAAAUAUCUAACCCGAAAACACAGCUUUUAUCCAAAAAUAAAACAUUUGAGGAUUAUGCGAGUCUAUCGAAAACUGGAAAAGGGAUUGAGGAUGAACACAAAGAAUCGGCGGUCUUCAGGCUCUCCUGGAACCCUGGCCUACCGAGACGAGGCCCAAUCCCUCCUCGACAGGAUGUUCCUCCAUUGCAACAGGCAUCUACACACGAUUGCGCCAUUUCAGCAGAGCGCUGCGCAGAGUUGCUUGGAUCUUCUUUCCGUGAUACCAUGCUGUUGGAUGUGCGGCCUUAUGCGCAUUUCGCGAACGGGACAAUCAAAGGGUCUUUGAAUCUUUGUAUUCCGACAACCCUCCUCAAGCGCCCUUCCUUCGACACGCAAAAAUUAACAAACACUUUCACGGACGAGCUCGACAAGAGGAACUUCGCACGAUGGAGGACCUGUCGCUAUAUAGUGGUUUUUGAUGCUGCCACGUCUGACAUGAAGGAUGCAGGACCGCUGGCCAAUGUUUUAAAGAAAUUUACCGUGGAAGGCUGGAAAGGCGAGGGGUUAAUACUACUUGGUGGCUUCAAGGUCUUCGCAUCUCGCUUUCCCACUCUCAUUCGAGGACAACAGGCUCGAGUACCUGAUUCGUCCGCGGGGAAGCCCUCACGAAUGCAUAUGAAUCUUCCGUCGGUUGCCCCGGUUGUUGGUGGAUGUGCUCUGCCGGAGUCAUCUCAUGCUGCAAUUCCUUUUUUUGGGAACAUACGACAGCAUAUGGACCUCAUCGGCGGGGUCGGUCAGAUCCCUCUUCAAAUCCCGCACAAUCUGUCAGAAUCACGGAGACGGUUACUCCCUUCUUGGCUACGUGAAGUGUCAGAGUCCACGGAUAAAGGCCGCAAAGUUUCAGAACGAUUCCUAGGUCUUGAACGAAAGGAGCUAGAACGUAUGAAAAGAGCAUUGUCUUACGAGAAAUCUGCCGAUGCCGCUAUAGUCGGUGGCUCCUCGGAAACCUUUCGCGUCGCGGGAAUCGAAAAAGGCACAAAGAAUAGAUAUAACGACGUUUACCCGUUCGAGCAUUCAAGAGUCAGGUUGCAGAAUGUGACGCCGGGAGGCUGCGACUACGUGAACGCGAACCAUAUGAAAGCAGCUUAUAGUGGUAAAUCUUACAUAGCUACUCAGGCACCGGUCCCUGAUACAUUCAAUGACUUUUGGCGCGUGGUCUGGGAACAGGAUGUUAGACUGGUUGUUUCCUUGACUGCAGAGGUUGAACGAGGCCAGGUCAAGUGUCACCCUUAUUGGGAGUCUGGGAACUAUGGACUCUGUCAGGUCAACAAUUUCUCCGAGAAACUCAUUUACCUGGAUUCUCGGGAUCCGCAGCCAACUGAUAUGGAGCUCGACAAACCAGAGGAUCCCAGCAAUCCUUAUAUCAUUGUCAGACAUUUUGGCUUGUCACACUCGGCCUUCCCAUUUCAACCCUUGCGUGAAGUGACGCAACUACAAUAUCCCCAUUGGCCCGACUUCGGGACCACAUCUCAGCCGACGCAUCUCCUUAAACUCAUUGAACAGUGUGAUAAAGUCAUAGCCGCAACAACUGGACCGAAUAUCACUUUGCACGAAGGGCUGGGAAACCAGAGACCGGUACUGGUGCACUGCAGCGCAGGAUGUGGCCGCACUGGUACAUUUUGCACAGUGGAUAGCGUGCUGGACAUGUUGAAACGGCAACGCCGUGCAUCACUUACCUCGGAUACCAAUUUGCCUGGUCAUCAAUGGAUCGAGACUGACAAUGUGGACCUCAUCGAGAAAACGGUAGAUGACUUUCGGACACAAAGGCCGAGCAUGGUGCAAAACCUCAGCCAGUUUGUUUUGUGCUAUGAGAGCAUUUUGGAAUGGACAACCGCCCAAAUGGAGAAAUAGUAUGAUAUAGGGGGAUGCGGAAAGGUCUUCUGUUACUAGAUAAUUAGAUGCCGAAGGUGUCAAAUGAUGUUGGUAGACGGUU